AUGCGGGAAAAAAUCGAGAAAGAACUGCGUAACCAGUCGGAUAAUGAAAUAAUGAGCCGUACUGCGAAAGGAAUGACCGAGGAAGAAGCUCGGGAAAACCCGGUAACAAAAGCUUUGGAAUCCAUUCAUCAGUGUACGAUAAGUACAUUCCACGGAUUCUGUUCCGCGCUUCUUCAUGAGUUUCCGAUGGAAGCGGGUGUUCCUAUUCGUUAUGCCAUUAUGGAUGCUCUGGCAACGCAGGAACUGGUAACCGAUACCAUUGAUGAAACCCUGAACCAGCCGGAUGAAACACUCUAUGAAGAUGUUACCUUGCUGUUAUCCCAUUUAUCCCGCAAAGAUGUCCUAUCGGCGAUAGAAAAGUUUUAUAAUGUCUGGACGGAGCAUGCAUCAUGGUUUGACGACCUUGAAAAUAAUCCGGAAAUCGUCUCGGAACAGUGGGAAGAAUGGAAAAAAGAAAUUGUCGAAGAGGUAAGGAAAUGGAUAGUUUCCGAUGGGGAACUGAAGAAAUACCAUGCUAUAGAAAAUUCAAAUAAGAAAUCCCGUGAAAAUCUCGAACGUCUCAAAUCUGUGUAUCAGACGGUUAAGGAUGCCUCGACAUAUGAAGAAAAAUACCGGUCGCUUCUUGCGUUUUCCCAGCAGACCAAGAUUCCAACCGGUAAAAUCUAUGACGGACUUGACAAAUAUUAUAUCUCUGUCGUUAAGAAAUCCCACGUUAUUUCCAGUUGUCUUCCCUUUGAGAAAACUGAUCCUCGCCGACAGUUGAUGAUUGCAAUUAUGCAAGCGGCUGGGCGGAUUACCCGACAUGUUUAUUCGGUUAUCGUCCAGCGUAAAAAAGACGGCGGAUUUUUGGACUUUAAUGAUUUGAUACGGUAUGUCGAACGUAUGUUUGAUACCAAUCAGAACAUUGUCGAUGAACUGAAGAAACGAUAUAAGUUUCUGCUGGUUGACGAAGUUCAGGAUAACGAUGCGGUAUUAACAAAACUGGUCGAACUUGAUGUCAAUUACCGUACCGUUCCCUAUCUAAUCAAUGAUGUCAUCAAUAAGGUAUUUACCCAACUGUUCAGGUCAUAUCCUGAGGAUGAUAUUCAGUAUCCUCAGAUUCAGGCAAAUCGUCAGACUUCAGUGGGAACAUUUACCAGGAUUCAUACUUCGGAAGAAAAGGGAGAAGAAGCGAAAAUUCUUGCGUCCUGGAUUUAUUCGAAGGUAUCUGCCGGAUCUCUCAUGGUUUGCGAUUCCGGAGAGAUUACCCGUCCGGCGACCUAUCGUGAUUUUACCGUUCUCAUCCGCAAGAAAAGUUCUCUUACGCAUUUGAUUGCCGCAUUCAAGGAGUAUGGAAUCCCGUAUCAUGUUCAUAAAGGAUCCGGAUUAUUCAAAGAACCGGAAAUUGUCGAUCUGUUGAAUGUAAUCAAGGCUUCAGUAUAUCGUAAUGAUGAUAUCGCUUUAUACGGUGCACUGAUUUCUCCCUAUUUCGGGAUUUCCGAUGAACUGCUGGCGACGGUUCUUGCAGAGACCGGAAACGAAUCGCAAUCACUCUGGAAUCGGUUAUCUAAGACGAAAAAUGCUGAAAUUGCCGAAGCGCUGGGAAAACUGUCGAUGUUCAGGGAGGUUGCCUGUUAUGAACAGAUGCCGACAUUUCUCCGAAACCAUUGUUCGUAA